AUGAGUCAUAGAAGAAAGGAAAAGACAGAUGAUAUCUUACCUCUUCAUCUGAAUAGCCAAGAUAAGCAUGACUUUACCUACAAACCCAGAGCAAAAAGUCAGAGCGAUAUUAUAAAAAAUUGUCAUAUUGUCAAAUGGAAGAUACUAACGGUUCUAACAGUGAUAUGGAUAGUCAUAAUUCACUACUUUGAACGCAUUUCUGUUCGUCUGUCAAUGGAGAAGUGCCAAUGGCAAAAUUGGGAAGGCUGGGAUAAAGCUGCUCAACCACAUAGAAUAGCUUUGAUUGCAGAUCCACAAAUUGUUGAUGACAGUUCGUAUCAAGGAAGACCGGCUGUUUUAAAUUACUUCGUGAAAAAGAUAAGUGACAAUUAUCUCCAUAGAAAUUAUAGAUUCUUACAGGAAUAUCUUGACCCAGACACCAUUAUCUUUCUUGGUGACUUGUUCGAUGGUGGAAGAGAUUGGAAGAAUAAGAUGUGGUUAGAUGAAUAUAUAAGAUUUAACGAAGUCUUCCCUAAGAAACCAAAUAGGAGAACUAUCGAAUCAUUGCCAGGCAAUCAUGAUAUUGGUUUUGAAACUAUCGACUUUGAAGUAGUUAAGCGCUUUGCGGCAUUCUUCGGGGAAGCAAAUGAUAUUAUAGAGAUAGGAAAUCAUUCAAUAAUCCUUCUAGAUACUAUAUCUUUAUCUUCAGAUGAUCCACUCGUUAGCAAGGAUUCAACGGACUUUUUAAGUAGCCUUGAUCAAAGAUUAAAUCCACACUUUCCAAGAGUUUUGUUAACUCACGUUCCUCUUUAUAGAUCCAAUGAUAAACAACUUUGUGGGCCAUACAGAGAAUCCAAUAAACUUUUCCCCAUUCAAAAAGGAAAGCAGUACCAAACCGUGAUAGAAUUCGGAAUAUCACAACAAGUUCUCAGUAUUGUUAAGCCGGAUAUAGUUUUCAGUGGUGAUGAUCAUGAUUAUUGUGAUGUUCGAUAUUCAUAUGAUGAUAAUGGGUCCGAAAGAUUUUCGAGGGAAAUAACAGUAAAAUCUGCAUCAAUGACUUGUGGUAUCCAAUACCCUGCUAUCCAGUUACUAUCUUUGCAUAACCCAUAUAACUUAAAUCCUGAGAUAAAGCUAGAAAAACCGAAACAUGUUACGGAAAUGUGCUAUCUUCCGAAACCAUACUUUGCAUUGAAGAUGUAUGUUUUUCUAUUUAUUUGCACACUAUUUAUUUUGGCAGGUGUAUUCUUUCAGAGUUUGUUCAACUUGCUGAGAUUUGAACAAUUGAAGCUCAAAAGGAACGAUGAUUAUCAACUUACUGAUAACAGGUGGAAGCCGCAGAAAGAUUUAAUCAUAAAUAAUCUUAACAAAAGAAGGAACAUAGGUGAAUUUUUCAUAAAUGGUUUGAUAUUAAGCUUUCUCAUUUAUGUUCUCUUUGGUAUAUACUACAAAUUCAUCUAG